CACCCAACCCAUUUGCAGACACCCGCUGCCCUUCUCCGCACCAGCAGAGCUGCCUGCCGAUCAAUCAGUCCUCGUUUCCAAAAUGGCAUUCAACGGCACGUGGCAAGUCUAUGCCCAAGAGAAAUAUGAAGAGUUCCUGAAAGCUAUUGCUUUGUCAGAUGAUAUCAUCAAAGCUGCUAAAGACAUUAAGCCCAUUACUGAAAUCCAGCAAACUGGGAACCACUUUGUCAUCACAUCCAAAACCUCCAACAAAUCCGUCACAAAUUCAUUUACCCUGGGAAAAGAAACUGACAUGACCACCAUGGAUGGCAAGAAAGUAAAGUGCACAGUAACCCUAGUAAAUGGAAAACUAAUAGCCAAAGCAGACAAAUUCACCCAUGAGCAGGAAAUAGUGGGAAAUGAAAUGGUAGAGACCAUCUCAUCUGGCUCAGCAACUUUUACCAGACAAAGCCGGAAGGUUUAAAAAUGCAGAAGACGGCCCUGUUUUGUAGUAGACAUUUUUAUAUUUGGAAAAUAAAGUGCACUGUCCAUCA